GCACGACUUGUAAAUGUUGAAACUUACGGUUCAAAAGCUGCAGUACCGGCAUCGGCUGAGGUGCUGGAACAUCACCUACAAGAUUUUGAUGAUGAAAAGUCGCCUAUUAUCAUCAAGGCAUUGGCUUCCUCUGUUCCUCUUCAAGAAAUUUGGACAGCAACAGUUAUAUCCAAGUAUCCGCAAAGUGCUAGCCAAGCAAAGAAUUCACAUUUGGUUAUACAACGGUUCAUUGCAUUAGUGAUAAUGAUGAUAGCCGCUGCUUCCGCACUAUGUAUGCUGUAUCCGUAUGAUACGUACUAA